CAGACGCUGCUGUGCGGCUCCAUCAGUGCGCUGCGCUCCGCUCCGCUCUCAUGUCAAAUUUGGACUGGAAGCGCUGAAUUCCCGUGCGUGUCAGGAGGGGUGGAAGGUGCGGCCCUCGUCUCUGUGUCCGUGGGGUUUAGAGCGGAGACAUGUGGAUUAGGAACUGCUUCCAGGCAGCGUGUCUGCUGCUGACGCUUCGAGCCGAGGUGUGUGAGUCGACGGGAUAUUUCGAGCUGCAGCUGAUCUCUGUGGAGAAUGUAAACGGGGAGCUGGCGGACGGGGAGUGCUGCGACGGCUCCCGGAGCUCCAAGGACCUCCGCUGCAUCAGAGAUGAGUGCGACACGUACUUCAAGGUUUGCCUGAAGGAAUACCAGACUGAGGUGACCACCAGAGGGCACUGCACGUACGGAGCCGGAUCUACGCAAGUUCUUGGUGGAAAUAUAUUUUCUUUUAAGGUGGCAAAUAAUAAUCCCAAUAAAUUCAACGAUGCUGGCAGGAUUUGGAUCUCUUUCCAGUUUGCAUGGCCGCGGUCGUACACACUGAUUGUAGAAGCCUGGGACUGGGACAACACCACACACACCAACGAUGAGGAGGAGCUGCUGAUUGAACGCAGCACUCACGCUGGUAUGAUCAACCCCGGUGACCAGUGGCAGAACAUCCUGCACGAUGGUCCAGUGGCUCGUCUCAUCUAUCGGAUCAGAGUACGCUGUGAUGAAAACUACUACGGCAACAAGUGCAAUAAGCUGUGCGUUCCUCGCGAUGACUACUUUGGCCACUAUCGCUGUGAGCAGUCGGGGAACAGAGUCUGUCUGAAGGGCUGGAUGGGCCAUGACUGCAGGACGGCAAUCUGCAAGCAAGGCUGCAACCUAGUGCACGGUGGCUGUUCGACUCCCGGAGAAUGCAAGUGUAACUACGGCUGGCAGGGCCAAUUCUGUGAUGAAUGUGUGCUUUAUCCUGGAUGUGUCCAUGGAACCUGCAACAGUCGCUGGCAGUGUAACUGUGAGAGGAACUGGGGUGGCCUUCUGUGUGAUAAAGAUUUGAAUUACUGUGGUCGGCACCAUCCUUGCAUCAAUGGAGGGACCUGCAUGAACACGGAACCAGAUGAGUACCAGUGUGUCUGUCCCCAAGGCUACUCUGGCAAGAACUGCCAGACAGCGAUGACGCCUGUUUGUCCAAUCCUUGCUCCAAUGGCGGUACGUGCCGUUCUGUUCCCACGGGGUUCGAGUGUCGCUGUCCUCCAGGCUGGGAGGGUCCGACCUGCGCCCAAGAGUUUUGAUGGGUGCGUGUCUGGUCCAUGUGCUCAGGGAGGAACCUGUGUCAACCUGGCGGAUGGCUUUGAGUGCGUGUGCCCGCCGCAGUGGGAAGGAAAGACCUGCCAGAGAGAUGUAAACGAGUGUGCGGCAAAGACCUGCAUCAACGCUUACGCUUGUAAAAAUUUGAUUGGUGGAUAUCACUGCCGCUGUUUUCGGGGAUGGGCUGGAAAAAACUGUGACAUCAACAUCAGCAGCUGUCACAGUCAGUGUCAGAAUGGAGCUACGUGCAAGGAGGGUCCGAGGGGUUACCGGUGCCAGUGCCCGCCCGGGUACGUGGGCAUUCACUGUGAGCUCCAGCGGAAUAAGUGUGAGAGCAAACCGUGUCAGAACGGGGGGCACUGCCACGCAGUUUUAGACGGCUUCGUCUGCGAGUGCCCGCUGGACUUUUCUGGGCCGUUAUGUGAGGUCCCAAACUGGUCUCCCUCAGAUCCGUGUGAUCCAAACCCCUGUGAGAAUAAGGCAAGGUGCCACAGCAUGACCCAGGACUUCUACUGUGCCUGUCCUGAAGGCUAUGAAGGAAAAACCUGCGACAGCAUUAGGGAUAACUGCCAAACCACAGAGUGUCAAGUGCUUGACAGCUGCACAAUCACUAUAGCGACCAACGAUUCUGCAGAAGUGAGGCACAUCUCCUACAUCUGUGGACCACGAGGGCAGUGUGUCAGCCAGCCAGGAGGCAACUUCACCUGUGUCUGUGAUCCGGGUUUCAGUGGCGUCUACUGUCACGAGAAUAUUAAUGACUGCAUCAGUAAUCCCUGUAAGAACGAAGGGACCUGCAUCGAUGGUGUCAGUUCCUUCCAGUGCUUCUGUCCUGGCGGCUGGGAGGGGCAACUCUGUGACCUCGACGUCAACGAGUGCAGGCAAAACCCGUGUAAGAACGGCGGGCGCUGCGUGGACCUGGUGAAUGACUUCUACUGUGAGUGCGUCAGUGACUGGAAGGGCAAGACCUGUCACUCUCGCGAGAGGCAGUGCGAUGCAACCACCUGCAGUAAUGGCGGCACCUGCUACGACCACGGGGAUGCUUUCCACUGCUCCUGCCCACCUGGGUGGGGGGGACACACGUGUAACACAGCCAAGACAAGCACAUGCGCCUCCAGUCCGUGCGCUAACGGUGGAACCUGCGUGGGAGGAGGCGACACCUUCACCUGCAUUUGCAAAGAGGGCUGGGAGGGCGCCACCUGUAGCCAGAAUAUAAAUGACUGCAACCCUCAUCCAUGUUACAAUGGCGGUAUCUGUGUGGACGGGGUCAACUGGUUCCGCUGCGAGUGCGCCCCUGGUUUUGCCGGACCAGACUGUCGAAUCAACAUUAAUGAGUGCCAGUCUUCACCCUGCGCCUACGGUGCCACUUGUGUGGACGAGAUCAAUGGUUUCCGCUGCAUUUGUCCGCUCGGCAGGACAGGAAGCCGAUGCCAAGAAUUCAUCGGUAUUGGGAAGGUGUGCCGCUAUGCAGGGCUGCAGUUUCCUCAUGGCAGUCGGUGGGAGGAAGAGUGCAACAGCUGUCGAUGCAUCAAUGGCAGAGUGGACUGUACCAAGGUGCUGUGUGGUCGCCGUCCCUGCCGGCUCCGGUUAGCAGACAGACAUCGGAUCCAGGAGUCCUGCCCAGCCGGACAGGAGUGUCUGGAACACAAGUACCUCAGGUGCUUCUCUCCACCCUGCCAUCAGUGGGGGAUUGUUCCAUCACUGGACUCACCUCCACAAGUAAACACCAAGUGUCGGCCAAACAGUGGACAUCUGGACAACAGCUGUGCUCGUAUAACACUGAUUUUCAACAGAGACAAAGUACCUGCAGGAACAACGGUGGAGAACAUCUGCUUUGAACUGCGGUAUCUUCCUGAUACGCAGACUUUGGCAAAAGACCACGCCCUGCACCUCUGUGACCUCUCUCAUUCCAACCAGGAUGCAGUGGAGGUGGCAAUAUCUUUCCAGUCAGAGGAGCAACCAGACCACAGUCUGAUCCAGGAGGCAGCCAGCACCAUCGUGGGCACGGUGACAAAGCGCCACAACAGCACCAUAAUGUUGGCAGUCAUUGAGGUCAAAGUGGAAACACAGGUCAUGCCACACUCAGUGGAUUACCUGGUGCCUCUGCUGUGUGUCGUCUUCUGCUUGCUCUCACUCUUCUGCAUCAUUGUGUGUGUUUGGUGGACGCGCAAACGAAGAAAAGAACGCGAGAGGAGAGCAGGAUCUGCCAGCGACGACGCGGUGAACAACCAGUGGGAGCCGCUGCGGCUCGUGGUGGGACGGCAGCAGGCACAACAGCUCAAAGAAAACAACAGGGAGGCGGAACAGGAGCGCAAAAAGCUUAUGGGUCCUUCUUGUCGGACAUGUGAGGAGGAGGAAGAGACGGAAGGAGAGCUGGAGGAGGAGUGCGGUGGAGCAGAGGCGGGAAAGCAGCCGGUGUAUAAGUACUGUAAGGCCGGUGUGCAGUCCGGCCGGGGCGUGAUCUGCACCCGGCACAGCUUGGGGUCGCCCCUCAAAGCGCCCCACCGAACGGCCGGCUACAGCCCCAAAGACAAUCGCUGGAAAACAGUCAGCGCCAUCUUCAGUGGCCAGAAGGCGCUGGGAGAUGCUUGUGUAUAAGGAAGAGAAGGACUCGCAGUGUCAGCGAGGGAAGCUGCGCGGCAGCUGUUCUUAUUUUUCAACCACGUCUGCAGAGAAAAAUGACUUUGUUUCGUUGUGAUUUUUGUCACUGGCACCUGAAAGGAGACUCGAGCGCAGUCAAGAGCCUUUUUGUUUUUGGCUUCUGUUGACUUUUUUUUAAUGUCCAUAAGGAGAA